UAGGCUGCGUACGCCCCAUAUCUCACAGCCAAAAGCACCAUUCAGAAUUUCGAUGUUUUCAAACAAGUCUCAUUUAGUUUUCUGGCGAGGUGUUGCCAGGGUAGCACUUUGAGGACUUUCUUUUGGCGUCUUUCACGAGUACAGAACCGGGGUUCGAGCUCGGGCCGCAGUGUCGAGGGGCCAGUGUGAUAGCCACCAGCCCACCUGUGCUUCACGAUGGUUUGAGUAGUGUCCGUGCGAAACAAAGCCACAUUUAUUCCGAUGACUGCAAUCUGUACUCAUUGCUUAAAGGAUGUCCAUCUGACACUCCUUUGUAUUGUUUUGCGUUAAAAAUGCAUGGUCUAUUUGCAAGAUAAAUAACCAUUCACAAUUGAAUAAUGAUACUUUGACGACAAUUUUUUAUUGAAAGGACUUCAGUUUAUACUUGCUUGAAUUAGCCGAUGGAAAUGGAUGCUUUGUGUCACUCGGUAUUGAGCGGGGGUGUAAAAUGACGGCGUGACUGGCCUUCUUAAAGGUCGUUACUUCGAUUCGUUUAUGUCUUUCCGUUCAUUAAUACCGCGGAAACAGCAGUUAAACAGGUUUAUUCACCGGCGAAAUGGGAGAUGAAACGCGCGCAUCGAGUCCUACCACCAAAUACCCCGAUCAAAUUGCUCUCAAAGACAACUGUGCUCUUUCAAAACAAAACAAAUCAGUUUGGUUGCCAAUAAGUCCUUUCAGUUACAUGUUUCUUUAGAAAUUGAGGUGUGAAGUCCAUUUAUCCGCACAUCCGACCUUAGACUCUGGGCAUAUAUUAAGAAACUUGAAGUCUGGGCUAACGUUUCAUAACAACAGCAACAAAUAACACGAUAUAAAAAAAAUCAACAUGCAAAAAAUAUUACAGCUUGCUCAAGUAGUAUGUGGACCGCGUAGAGAAUUCUACGAUUGGCUACUAACUUUAAAUGUUCUCCACACCCCCUACUGCGGGAUGUGUGGAAUUCACAUGGAGCUUAAAGAAAGAGCAACACAUACCGAUGGUUAUCAGUGGAAAUGUCCGCGUUGCCUUAUUCGUAGGAGUCUAAGAACCAACAGCUUUUUCGAAUUGUUUCCAAAGACGCCCCAUUCGAAGCUCGUUGUUCUCAUGUAUUUCUGGUCGGUGGAAGUUUUACAAGUGCAGGCAAGCACAAUGUUAGGUAUGACACCUCAAAUGGUUGGGAAAGUCUGCAGGGCGUUAAGACUAUUGUGCUCGCGGGAUAUCGUCGAUCGCCCAGUCUAUCCGUUCGGCGGCCCGAACCAUGUUUGCAAGUGCGACGAAACCAUUAUUUCGUUCAAGCGAAAGUAUGGCAGAGGAAGGAUAUCCCGACAAAGAUGGGUGUUUGGUCUGGUGACUACGGCCUUCCAGCCUUGCCAAAGGUUAUUACACUGUUGUAAACAAGCGAACGAAAGAAGUCUUGGCGCCGAUUAUUCAGAAAGUCCUUCAGCCAGGAAGUGUCCUCCAUUCGGAUGACUGGGGGGCAUACAGGAAUAUUACUGCUUAUGCUCCCAACGUUUCCAGUCACCGGGUGGUGGUCCAUAAAGACUAUUUCGUCGACCUGGUGACUGGAGUCAACACUCAAGAGAUAGAGUCUACGUGGGCAAGAGUGAAAAGAAUGG